AUGUGUGAAAAUUUUAAGAAAAUUGAUGCCGAAAUUACGGAGACCGGGUAUGAUUAUUUUGACAAUUGGGCAGAUGUGCGCUACAAUGUAACGACUCAGGAGGAGUUGGGAGAUUUUAUGUUAAUGUAUAUUGUACAGAAAAAAAUACAUAAGAAAACGGAAUUUUCCCCCUAUUUAGCUGAGGAUGAAUGGGUUGAAAAAAGUAAACCGGUGGUUAAUGAGUACGCGUAUUUCUAUGCUUUUGAUAUGCUAGACGAUCUAAGCAUUUUAUACCGGUUUGAAAAUUUACUUGAUGAUGUAUACGGGAAGCGGAAACGUGAAUAUCUACAACCUGAAAAGCUGAAAAUGCUGUACGAGUUAUAUGUAGAUUAUAUUAGAAAUGGUGCACGAGCUAAUGAAAGAAUUUACAAAUUUGUUGAUGAAAUGUUGGAAGAUGCAGAAAGUGAAUAA